AUGGCGCUGGAAGGCGUGUUAAACUUAAAGAAGUCUGCCCUUUUGGUUGUUUUCAUCUCGACUUUGCUGCAAAACAAGCAUCUUGCCACAGCACAACAACCAAGAGGGCAGCAGAAUGCUCCAGAACGACAUUUACACCAUCAAAAGCACCAAGCACAUACUACACAUCACACCACAAAACACCACGCCACAAAACACCACGCCACAAAACACCACAAGCUGCUACAGGAACUAGAGCUCCAACAACAAGCGCCCAAGCAAACGCCCACAUUCUCAUCAGUAGUAAUCAACCCAAAUGACCCCCAUGCACUGUCGUUUAUCCGGGUUCUCAACCCUCCCUUCUACUUCCAUAACAAUCACCGCGCUCACAUCGAGUACUCCUGCCAUGAUAACGACCUUCUCGCGAUCGAAAUUUUCCUCCAAUCAGACGACGUUUCUGCAACUCCUGUACUUCUCUUCCAUCAUGAGUGGACGUGCAAUAAAUACUCGCGGGGGACCAGGCAAACUUUUGUUCACCUUACAGUCCCAGAUUGGUUGGUGUACCGGCCAGAUUAUUUACAACGUCACGCCGUUAAUGUUCAAAGAUUAGAGCUGAAAGCUUGGAUCAUUAAUGAAGAGGUGAAACAUACCUGCUCAAGAUGGAAUAACUGCCAUGGCAAGGCGUAUGUUCAAGCCAUACAUCGGAUGGGAAUGCAGGAGGUUUAUCAACGACCAAGGAAGGAUCAUGAGGCUUGGGAAUGUUUAUCUUGGGUUUCUAAGAUGAUGCUGGAGCAUGGAAGGGAAGGAGAGUUUCUCAAAUGUCAACUUGAAGAAGAAAUGAUCAGUCUCGUUGACUUUCCUGUUGCCUUCGCUGGAGUCCAUUCAGGAAUCACCAAAGAUCUGAUUCCAUUCCGAGAUCAAGGUUUACUCGUUCAGCAGCAAAUUAAUCGUUUAAAACCCAAGUUUACACUUUCCACGACGAUCUUUCUAUUGGAGUACUGCAGCGUUGGCCUGUGUGGGAUCUACCAUAGAAAAACCCAUCACUCCAAUCAGUAUAUUACACCAUUGAUUCUGAUCAACAACAAAGGUUUAAUUCAUAUUCAAACGGUACUUGAAGACGACCAAGCAUCAGGAAUUUUAACAAGCACUCCCGUCCCACUAAGACAAUGGGUGAAACUUGUCUACACACAGAACGGCAGCAAGUGGUCCAUGUCUAUAAGCAGUGGUAAGAACAUGAGUAAAAUCCAUCUUAGCAACAGCAACUUCAAGAAACCGUUACAGUACGACGAAUCAGAAGGGCUGAUGCAUCUCGGUGGUAGCAGUGCCAGUUUGGCCUUCAAAGGAUUCAUUGCAGAUACCUGGCUAUGGAGGACAAAGGCUGCUAAACAAGUGCCUAUACAGAGUUCCUCAACACCAGAAUUGAUAGAGAAAAUAUCAAAUCAUUACUCAACAUGCGACGCUUUCCACAAAAUGUUGAGUGAAGUUUACAAGUUGUAUUUAAGUCGCCAGUCAUCACUUAUUGCCAAAAAAACCUGCUCCAACUCAUUCUCAACGCUUCUCAGUCUUUCAACUCAAUCACCCGUCGAUACAACCAAUCUAUGUCCUCCGUGGGAGCAGCCCCCACCACGGGGUCAACGCUAUCUCUGGACAGCGUUAAGAAAAGCCUCACUUCAUUAUCAAACUUAUGAAAAAAGCUUUGAUCUUAUCGGCAGAAUUCUCCAUGAUAAAGCUACAGAACACCUGGCUGACGGCCUGACCAGGAUCUCCUCCAUCGUAGCCAUCCUCAGAAAGGCCAGUUGCUAUGGUAACCAUCAGUCGUCCUACAUGUUGGGAACCUUGUUCGAUGGUGGUGUGAAUGUUGCACAAGAUCACAACGAGGCAUACAAGUAUUGGCUGGUUGCCGCACAAGAAGGGAACCGGUUAGCCAUGAUGGCCUUAGCCAAUCAUCACUCAUUCGGACUGAAGGCGGCACCCAAUGAUUUUGACUUCUCAUAUAAUUAUUUAAAGUAUUUAGCUUCACUAACGUUAAAGGACAGGCAGAGGCACGACCCUGAUGCUGUCAUGACGGAGUUUGUUCGACUGACAGACACGGAGUCUCUGCGUGUUCAUAAAGGAGAAAGCAGCGAUCAGUUUCUGUGGUUGAAGUACCAAGCCAAGAAAGGAAUUGCCCAAGCUCAGCUUGACCUAGCCCGGGUGCUCUUCUGGGGUCAGAUGGGUGUAGGGCGUGAUGUACAACAGGCAUUAGACUUGUACCAAGUCUAUCUCAGAGAUAACCCCCUGGAUGAGGUGGCACAGUAUGACAUGGGUAUAAUACAACUCAAGGGGCAAGGAACUGACAAGAAUAUCAAUAAAGCAUUAGAACAUCUCAACAAAUCGGCCGAGUUGGGUCACGCCCCAGCCUAUACAGCCAUUGGUUGGUACGCCUUGAACUUCCAGGACAAUACCGUCAAGGCGGCCAAGAUGUUUGGCAUCGCAGAUAGGAUGGGGCACAGGGAUGCCUCACACAACUUGGGCUACAUGUAUAAGACGGGUCGGUACCCCGGCAAGCAAGCAGAUCAGGAAAUGGCGUUCAAGUAUUUCCAGAGGGCAGCAAACAAAGGUCAUAUAGACUCGGCUGGGGUCAUUGGUGAUAUAUACAAUCAAGGAACGAAGAAUAUGACGAGGAAUAGUCAACAAGCAGCCUCCUGGUCCCGCUUGGUAGGUGAGCAGAACCCAGAGAUAGGGAUGGCAUUACGUAAAGGUCUAGAUGCCUAUCUGUCGGGAUCAUGGGGUGAGAGCAUCGUGUACUACAUGAUGGUAGCCGAGACUGGGCUAGAGGUUGCUCAGUUCAACGUUGCUCACCUCUGUGAAGAAGACUAUGAUGUCGUGGUGUCAAGCUUUAUUAGAGCCGACUGCAAGUGGAGAUAUUAUAACAUGUCAAGCCACUCUAGGACGCCUCACAUUGUCUCGCAAUUGAAGAUGGGGGAUUAUUUCUACUAUGGUUAUAAUGGUGAGGCUGACAAUGAUACCGCAGUAAUGUUCUACACAAUGGCAGCCAAGAAGAAUGAUCCACAGGCAUUGUUUAAUCUUGCUAGUCUGGUCGAGGAAGGAAUUACCAUCGAUGAUUCCGUUUUGAGAUCACUUCGUAUUCCAAGUGCCUGGAACUCCGAUACCAAUGGACUCAUAAAGAUUCUCUACAGGAGGUGUCGUGAUAGGGGUAAAGACUCCUAUAUCCCAUGCAGUCUGGCUUUACUAAGAGUACAACUAAUGGAGCUAUGGGGAAAGCACACACUUGCUGUACAGAUAUCCGGUGCCUUGAUGAUAUGCCUUCUUACUCUCUACAGCAUCACAAUAGCUCUCCAGCAUACCAGAUGGUAUUGUGACCCCACACAGGGUCAAAGUUCACAGGACUAAAGGUCGUACAAAGGUCAGAGGUUUGAUGGCCGUCAGAGCACCCAAUAAGCCAUUUGCGAGUUAGGUUUGAAUAUUGUCUGGUACAAUGACGUGCUUGUAACUCAAGUUACCACUA